GCCCGCCCGCCCGCGCGGCCGGGGAGGCGGGACGGGGCGGGGCGCGCGCUGCUUCCCGGCCGCCGCCAUGGCCGACGAGACCCCCAGGAAGGGCGCCCUGUCGGCGCUCGUCGGACACACCAACGGCCUCACGAAGCCCGCGUCCCUCGCCGCAGCCGCCGUGUCCUCCAAGCCCGGCGGCGGCGGCUCCAAGAAACUAGUCAUCAAGAAUUUCCGAGACAGGCCGAGGCUGCCCGACAACUACACGCGGGACACCUGGCAGCAGCUGCACGAGGCCGUGAGGGCCAUCCAGAGCCGCACGUCCAUCCGCUACAACCUGGAGGAGCUCUACCAGGCUGUUGAAAAUCUCUGUUCUCACAAAGUUUCCCCAACGCUGUACAAGCAGCUGCGCCAGGUCUGUGAAGAUCACGUCCAAGCACAGAUCCUCCAGUUCAGAGAAGACUCACUAGAUAGUGUUUUAUUUUUAAAGAAGAUUAACACGUGCUGGCAGGAUCAUUGCAGACAGAUGAUCAUGAUCAGAAGUAUUUUCCUGUUCCUGGACCGCACAUACGUCCUUCAGAAUUCCAUGCUUCCUUCUAUCUGGGACAUGGGGCUGGAACUCUUUAGAAACCAUAUCAUUAGCGACAAGAUGGUUCAGAGUAAAAGUAUCGAUGGAAUUCUGCUCUUAAUUGAACGAGAGAGGAACGGUGAGGCAGUGGACCGCAGCUUACUGAGAAGUCUGCUGAGUAUGCUGUCUGACCUGCAGGUAUACAAAGAUUCAUUUGAACUGAAAUUUUUGGAAGAAACUAAUUGUUUAUAUGCUGCAGAAGGCCAGAGAUUAAUGCAAGAAAGAGAGGUUCCAGAGUAUCUUAACCAUGUAAGUAAGCGCUUAGAGGAAGAAGGAGACCGAGUGAUCACGUAUUUAGACCACAGCACACAGAAGCCGCUGAUCGCUUGUGUGGAGAAGCAGCUGUUAGGAGAGCAUUUAACAGCAAUUCUGCACAAAGGGCUGGACCACCUGCUUGACGAGAACAGAGUGCCCGACCUCACUCAGAUGUACCAGCUCUUUAGCCGCGUGAAGGGCGGCCAGCAGGUCCUGUUGCAGCACUGGAGCGACUACAUCAAGACUUUUGGGACAACAAUCGUGAUCAAUCCUGAGAAAGACAAAGAUAUGGUACAGGAUCUGCUGGGUUUUAAGGACCGGGUAGACCACGUGAUAGAGGUGUGCUUCCAGAGGAACGAGAAGUUCAUCAACCUGAUGAAGGAGUCCUUCGAAACGUUCAUCAACAAGAGGCCAAACAAGCCCGCGGAGCUGAUAGCAAAGCAUGUUGAUUCAAAACUGAGAGCGGGUAACAAAGAAGCCACGGACGAGGAGCUGGAGAGGAUUCUUGACAAGGUCAUGAUCAUAUUCAGGUUCAUCCACGGGAAAGAUGUCUUUGAAGCAUUUUAUAAAAAAGAUUUGGCAAAAAGACUUCUUGUUGGGAAAAGUGCCUCAGUAGAUGCUGAGAAAUCGAUGUUGUCCAAGCUAAAGCAUGAGUGCGGCGCCGCUUUCACCAGCAAGCUGGAAGGCAUGUUCAAGGACAUGGAGCUCUCCAAGGACAUCAUGGUCCAGUUUAAGCAGUACAUGCAGAACCAGAGCGAGCCAGGCUCCAUAGAUCUGACCGUGAACAUACUUACGAUGGGCUACUGGCCAACGUACACGCCCAUGGAGGUGCAUUUGACGCCAGAGAUGGUUAAACUUCAGGAAGUAUUUAAGACGUUUUAUCUCGGAAAGCACAGUGGUCGGAAACUUCAGUGGCAGACGACACUGGGACAUGCUGUUCUCAAAGCAGAGUUUAAGGAAGGAAAGAAGGAGUUCCAAGUGUCCCUCUUCCAGACGCUGGUGCUUCUCAUGUUCAACGAAGGGGAUGCCUUCAGCUUUGAAGAAAUCAAAAUGGCCACGGGGAUAGAGGACAGCGAGCUGCGAAGGACGUUACAGUCCCUGGCCUGUGGGAAAGCACGAGUUCUGAUUAAGAGCCCCAAAGGCAAGGAGGUGGAAGAUGGGGACACGUUCACGUUCAACGGGGAGUUCAAGCACAAGUUGUUCCGGAUCAAGAUCAACCAGAUCCAGAUGAAGGAAACCGUAGAGGAGCAGGUCAGCACCACGGAGCGCGUGUUCCAGGACAGACAGUAUCAGAUCGAUGCGGCUAUCGUCAGGAUAAUGAAGAUGAGGAAGACUCUUGGUCAUAACCUUCUAGUUUCUGAACUGUACAAUCAGCUGAAAUUUCCAGUAAAGCCUGGAGAUUUGAAAAAGAGAAUUGAAUCUCUUAUAGACAGAGACUAUAUGGAGAGAGACAAGGACAAUCCGAAUCAGUACCACUAUGUGGCCUGACGUGUCUUUCUCUCAGCAAGACACUAGAAUGUACCUUCAGAGCAGUGAC